AGCUCUCAAGUUCCAAUGGCAGCCCGGCCUGCCAGAUAGGCUUAUGGAUAGGAACCGAGUGGAUGCUCCCAUGCACGCCCCAAGGGCCAUGGGACUGCCUCCUGCCGUCGCACGAAUCUUCGAGAAAGCUGACAGGUUGGAGCCACUCUUCGCGCACCGCGCGCAAAAGGGGAAGCGUCUAGGUCCAUUGCCACCGCAGCCAAUUUUUCCAGAGCGAAUCGACCUGGAGAGUCGGCCCCCGCGACACCGGGGAGCAUCAUGGGAUUUUCAAGGGGAAGACAGCCCCGGAAAGACCGCCAGCGAUGAACAGGAGGCUCUUGAAGCCACCCGAGAAGCUGAGCUGUUCAGUCAAUCGUACCCGCAUCCUUCAUUCCUAGAAGGGCCACCAGUACCGAUGGCAAUGCGCAUGGUGCCCCAACCCCCAAUGGGGUCACGGUCGCCACGCAAGCAGAGAGUAGCUAGAUCCGACGUGCUGGCCGAGAUGGUCUAUAGCGCUCCAGUGGUGCCCGGCCUUCAACUAUGGCCAAGGAAACGCAGACCACUGUCAUUGCCUCGCCGCACCGUGGAUGCUCGUGCGCAGGCAUCGACCGAUGCAUCCAAUGCUGGAGGACAGACAGCCCGGAAGCGUCCUGGCCUGACGUUCCGGGAGAAGGAGGCCCAAAGGAGUCAAACCCAGGCUGCAGUGACGGAGGACCUGGUGGCUCAAGUCAUCGAGUCUGCUGUGGGUCACUUUAUUUGUGACAACUUGCUGACGCUGGGAUUUGAUGAUGGCUUGGACCUGAUAGAACCUGUCUGACUUGGGGGGUCACUGGCCCCCAAAAUCUUAACCUAGUACCCAAGUGCCC